AUGGAUGAGGAAGGGCAUGCAGACCUAGGUUCGGAAGGUCAGGACGUUUGGCUGUUGUGCGAAAACGUACCGGUUUUAGUUUCAGCACAAAACCUCCGACCUGCCACUGAUGCGGAGGCAUUAGCGCAUCAAGUCCUCAAUGAUGAGCCUGUUAUUCCCGACGCUAUCGCGCGGGGUAACCCAGAAUUCGAGGAUCACAGAGACGCUCGUGCCGACGUCCCUGUGGUGGAGCCUCGAGUCGAAGAGGAAGAUCCCUUCGACGAGCCGCUUGCCUCUAUCUUAGAAGAAGAGGAAGAAGAGUGGAAGAAAUAUGAGGAUUUCCAAGCUGCAAUACCCAUCCAUGGGCAAGAUCUUUCCGACUUGCUGACAGAGGGCCGUGGUUUCUGGAAGAAGGUGAACCACGACGCAUUAGAUGUAGGCCUUCGUGCUAGCCGCAUCUUUCCUGCCUUUUACUACCACGUGAGUAAUGGGCGAGUGGAUCUCGUGUUAACCACUCAUGUGGAUGACUUCCUGUGGGCCUGUACCGAAUCAGGACAGGUAGUCAUGGACAAGCUUCUCAGCCGAUUUGAGGAUGUGUUGAUCGACGUCACCGACAACACAACGAAAACAACCUACAUCGACAUCCAAAAGGGAGCCAAGGUCUCUACCUUCAGCUACGCUAACAAGGAGGCCGGCGACAAGAUUCGCGCCGUACUGGCCGAAAUGUACGGACACCUAUCAUCGGGUCCAGAGUGGUACGAGUCUGCCAGGAAGCAUGUUCCACAUGUCAUGCUAUCCGAUUGCCGAAGUCUUGUGGAUCAUCUGAAUGUAGAGGUUCCUGCGAGAGUGCAAGACAAGCGCUUACAAAUAGAACUCAAUGCGCUUAGGCAGGCGAUAUUUCUCGAUGAUGGCACGAGAACGGUGAAUCACUACCCGGCAGGGGGUGAUAGAGUAGACUGGUGCGACACUGCUACUCAG